AUGGCUGACCAAGAGAACAAACCUCCCAGUCAUUGGGCGGAGAAUUAUGGGGAGAACUCACUACCGAUGAUGCCAUACUCUCCAAAUCCACAGCUUCAGAAUGGAAUCACGGACGACAGCACGCAAAGAACUCAAGACGCGGUUGUUCCUCCAGCUCCCAGAGUUGACCAAAUGCUCACCCCUGUCCACAGCCCAUAUCGAAAUGGUGACUGUUUUGGUAACUAUUCUCACAACAGAGAUAUGCCGGCGUCUCUACAACAUGGAUAUGACCAUCCAUCUAUGCCUUUCCGCUUGCAAAAAUAUAACGGCACUCAUCCGAAUCAUGUGCGAGAACACCAAGGCACGAACACUACCCAACACAACGCAUUUGUGGGAGUGAGCAGCCCUCUGAAUCCGUUUGCUCCUAUGCCAAAGGUGAGCAGCCACAAUCCAGGCCGUAUACUUAAUCCAGCUGCGCAAGAGUAUACAAAUUACAGCAAUCCCGUGCCGCAGGUUCAUAGCGCGUCACAAGGGUAUAGGCCGUUUAAUAAUGGUUUCCGAACAUCUGUAUCAGGUACUGCUAGACAACAAGCAAUACCCCAAUACAACAGUCCUUUGCAUGUGACCACACCAGUUGCAUCGCAUUCGUAUGGAGGUACUAGAACGCCAAACUCUAGCCAGUAUCCGUCGACUGCCCAGGUCAGUGAUAGACCAGGUCAGGGCUUGACACAUUCCCAAGUUCUAGGGAAACCACAAUGGAGAGUCAAAGGCUCUCCGUUACCACGAUCAACACCAGCAGGCAAAUCUGACAGCAGUGGCAUUGCCACUCCUGAAAAUGACGAUAUUGCCAUCCAACGAAAGCCAGCCAUGGUACCUAAGACGUACCCUCUGCAUGCCGAGCAUCUAAUGCCUGGGUGCAUUGUAUGGCUGUCAAACUACCAAGAAGGACAUGAACCAAUUGUAUGUGUCCAGAACCAUGAGUGUAACGACAAGGUGAAAGAAAAGGAUGGCCAUAAUCACCCGGUAAUGAUCCUGAGGAUUAACCAGCGUCGUGGUUCCAACAUUGUUGGUGACGUCAUACUUGACGUUGCACUGAUGACAACUCUCGGUGGUCUAACUUUGGACCAGUACGUCAACAAGCUGCGUACACUUGGACCAGACCCUUCAAAACAAUGGUAUUUUCAAGAGACGAUGCCAUUGUCUUGGAUUCCAAUACGAACACCCCAGCAGAAGGGUGACAAGCUUGACGCAGUGCAGAAGCACGAGCAGAACCAAGAGUCGCAGCACCAUGCUGAGUUGAAUCAGCGCGGCAAAACCUUGUUGUAUCUCUCGCGGGGUAGCAUGCAGAGACGGUCGUACAUGCGUGUUCAUCACAUCUACGCCGUCCCCAUCAAGCAACUGCAAGCUUGCAGCCGGUACGCCAAGCUUGCCCACAUGGUCCGCUUGGACGAGGCUGGAUACCGGAAAGUGAUGGAGGUCUUGAAACUGGUACCCGAACCUUGGGAAUCCAGUGUCGAGAGAAGCGUUGCGGCUGCUCCGCAACGCCUUAGAAACCUUCGAGACGAGGAGAUGGCACAAUUCAAUGCCAUUCAAUUGGCUGAAAGCCAAGCUCGUCAAGAUGAAGCUGUCAUGCAGCAAGGCCCGAACGUCGCACGGGAAAGCCCAUUGGGUGAUUUCACUGACGUUGAGGCCGAGGGUCACGAGUUCUAUUGA